CGCAGCAGCAGCUCUGAUCUCGCGCCUCCAUCUCCCACUUUGUGCUGAAUACAGCCAGCUGCAACUUUUGUCACCGCACAGCUGCCGGUGUUUCCUCCUCUCUCACACACACACACUCUCACACACACAUACAACAAGCUGGAUUCAUUAAAAGUCGACAGAGGCAGCUGGAUGAUGUCAUAUCCGUGAAGCAGGGUCCCUGUAACCCAAACGCAGCUCGGAUUUUUCGCUGCGUGCGUGCCCACAAACUUUUUCCCCUCUCUCGCAGUGACGAGAUUUUCCUCCCCGCUGCCCACAUGGCAUGCGUAACGGGGACGAGUGGAUGGAUGUGCCCCCCUCCUCCCAAGGAAGCCUUGCUUUUCACCAGCGCGUAGUGGACGAGGUGGCGCGAGCCCACGGGCAGAAACUUGCGUGAGAAUUGUUGUACCCGGUCGCGGCGGUGGUGGUAGGAGGUGGAGGAGGGACACAUUGCUGAAGCAGCCGACAGAAUGUGGUCGCUGUCCGUGGUCCUGAACCCGCUGCUGUUCCUGCUGCUGUUCGGAUACUGCCCUUCAGUGACCAUCAGGCCAAAGGAGGGGUGGCAGGUGUACAGCUCAGCUCAGGAUGCAGAUGGGCGUUGUAUCUGCACAGUGGUGGCACCUGAACAGAAUCUGUGCUCCAGAGAUGCCAAAGGCAGACAGCUCCGCCAGCUCCUGGAGAAGGUGCAGAACAUGUCGCAGUCAAUUGAGGUGCUGAACCUGCGGACGCAGAGGGACUUUCAGUAUAUCAUGAGGAUGGAGAGCCAGAUCAAAGGACUGCGGUCAAAGUUUCGACAGCUCGAAUCGGACAGGAAGACGCUCGUCAACAAAAACUUUCAGGAGCUAAAGGGGAAGAUGGAGUCCCUGCAGCCGCUGAUCCCUGUCCUGGAGCAGUACAAGACAGACGCCAAGCUCAUCUCCCAGUUCAAAGAGGAGAUCAGGAACCUGUCUGGCGUGCUGAUGGGCAUCCAGGAGGAAAUGGGAGCCUACGACUACGAGGAGCUGCAACGUAGGGUCCUAAACCUGGAAAAUCGGCUCCGCAACUGCAUGAGCAAACUCACAUGUGGCAAGCUAAUGAAGAUCACUGGGCCGCUGACUGUGAAAACUUCAGGGACCAGAUUUGGAGCCUGGAUGACCGACCCACAGGCAUCUCCCAAAAACAACAGGGUCUGGUACAUGGACAGCUACACCAACAACAAGAUAGUAAAAGAAUAUAAAUCCAUCGCUGACUUUGUGGCAGGAGUCGAGUCAAGGACCUACAACUUGCCUUUCAAAUGGGCCGGAACCGACCACGUGGUGUACAACGGCUCUCUUUACUACAACAAGAUGCAGAGCAACAUCAUCGUGAGGUACAGUUUCGAGACGGGCCGCGUGGUCACCCAGAGGGCUCUGGAGUCGGCGGGCUUCCACAACGUGUACCCCUACACCUGGGGAGGCUUCUCCGACAUCGACCUGAUGGCGGACGAGCUGGGCCUGUGGGCCGUGUACGCGACCAACCAGAACGCUGGAAACAUCGUCAUCAGCCAGCUGAACCCGGACACGCUCCAGAUCCUCAGCACAUGGAACACAGAGUACUCAAAGAGGAAUGCCGGCGAGUCUUUUAUGAUCUGUGGGACGCUCUACAUCACUAACUCCCACCUGACCGGCGCCAAGGUAUACUAUGCUUACUCCACUAAAACCUCCACAUACGAGUACACAGACAUUCCUUUUCAUAACCAGUACUUCCACAUGUCUAUGUUGGACUACAACGCCAGGGACCGCGCCCUCUACGGCUGGAACAACGGCCACCAGGUCCUGUUUAAUGUUACACUUUUCCACAUCAUUAAAACUGAGGACGACUCUUAAGCAGAGGGACAUCCAUACACAUAAAAGAAGUUAUGGAAAACAUGGAUGUUUGCACCUGAAUGUUCCUACAAAUACCAUAGACUGUAUGAUAAAGAUAGACGACAUGAUAGCUCCCCCAAAAUGAAGCCAAAACAUCUUGAUCACCCCCUGGUGGCUGGCUGCCGUAGAAGUCAUAAACCUUGCCCCCUCUAUGUUAGCAGAUGGAAAAUGGGCCAAACUAAAAUCUUAUGCCUGGUUCACACUACACGAUAUCAGCCCGAUUAUAGCCCGACGCAGCUUCAUACAGUGUCGGCUUGGAUCGUGAACAAGUGUCGUAUGCGAUAAUCCAUUGUUUUAUCUCGUGUAGUGUGUCAUAGAGGACGACGACUGACGCCACGUCUGGGAUGUCUCACAACGUCCCGACACUAAGUAUAGCAUGUCGACUUGACCUGCCGUGGACAACUGCAUGUCAACAACACCGCAAACUUUUUGAUAUUUCCUCAAGGGACUAGCCUACCACACAAAGUAAAAAGAGGAAAAUGAUGGCGUCAAACAGCAGAGGCACCUUAGCAGCCUGGUGAGUACUGCCAGUAGCAUACGGCUAGCAAACAAUGUUAUUUCUUCACAAUGGAGACGAAUAUAAAGGAAUAAAAUUUAAAAAAUAGUGGCAGGACUUUUACUCAUCAUUACUGCAGAGGCUACCAGCUUCAUUUGAAACAGACUACAUUGUAAACGGACUUUUAUUUAUUAUUUCCUCUGUAUUUUUAUACUUUCUUUUUAUCCGCUCCCGUUUGCCUUGAUAAAGUUAAUGCAUCGCGCCGUCAUUUCAAACACUUUCUGUAUCUGUUUCAUAAUAAAAUCCCCUCAUAACUUUGGCUGAGAGAAUCCCUUCAUUUUCUAAAAACUAAAAAAGCUUUUAUUGUGAAACAUUUGCAGGAACUUAUCGUGGAGGAUUCAGUGACUUGCACAGUUUGCAUCCGGUACUUAAAAUGCAGCUCCUGCCAUCUGGUGGCGUUCUAUAUGUCACUACUACAACAUUUCAGCUGGCACAUGAACAGCCACAGUGACUGAAAUAAUAGUACUACUAAUAAAAAUAGAACAAGAUAACCCGAUGACAUCACACACUGCCAGGGACGAUUGAUGUGGACCAUUGUGUAGUCUGUCAUGUCUGUCGGCCAAGUCAUGACAGGAUAUGUCCCCACCAUCGUCUAAUCUGACAUAGUGACCAUCGGAACAGACAAAAAUAUCGUGUAGUGUGAACCUGGAAUUAAAGUACACUUUAAACAUAUUUUUCUGAAAGAUGGUUUCUAUUAUUUUAUAAAGUUGUUAUCACGCUGAUGUUCAAAUGUUCAUUUAUCUGAUACGUUUGGUUUUAAUUUGUUAAUUGAUGCUAUUAAAAGGUUAUUAAAGGGAGGUUUGAAGUCAUGACUGAGAGCUGUGUGUGCCAAUCAGUGUGCUGGUGAUGAAUGGUGCUGCUUGGAAUUGGUCAGACGGAUAAAUGGGCAAGAACUUGAUACCGCAGAGAAAGCAGACUGUUUCCAAAUGACAUCAACAGCACCAGAUGGUAGCGGCCAUAACUGGGAUACUUUGGCUUCAUUUUUGUACAGUGGGAGUAAGUGGAGAUGCAUCUUUAUGUGCAGUCUAUGAUAAAUGUAUUUAUUUAUUUAUUUAUUUAUUUAUUUAUUUAUUUAUUUAUUUAUUUAUUUAUUUAUGUAUUCAUCAUUUCCCUGAUUACUUUGGGCACUUUAUACAAAUGUAUUUACCGACAUCUUGCUAUUUUCCUGUUUUCAUAUACAAGUUAAUUAAGUUAUUGAAGAGUUAAGAUAAUCUCCAAGUGCCAACAUGACACUCUCUCUAUAAAAAUAAAGGACUGCACAAAGUUUAAACACAUUUGGUGCAUUCUGAAAUAUACAAGUAACACAUCUUCAACUAAAUAAUGGCACUCUAAAUGAACUUUCUGUAAUAUCUGCAGGUCCUUUUUUCCUCCAAAAUGAAAGCUUUUUCCCCCCAAAUGAAGUCCUCAUAUUUAUAAUGGUCUUCUCAUUCAGUGUUGCAUUUAUUCAUGCCCCCCUGAUUUAUUCAUAUUUUGACUGUGUUCACUAAUUGUUCGUUUUGUUUCCAUUCUCUCCUUGCCAUUUAUUCAUCAUCUCCUAAUUUAUUCCUGCCUUUCACUGCCUCCAUUUAGCUUUCAAUUUAUCUUUGUACUUUUCCUUUCUAAGGGUUUUUUUUUGUACAUGACCUUGUACAAGACAUGGAGAAAUGUGGUGAACCAUAAUGCACCUGUAUAGUUAUUGUACUUGGCUUUCUGUGUCUAUGAAGAUUCUCAGUCAUCCAGGUCAUAGGAUGUCUUGGAGUACUAAGUCAAAGCACUUAAGCAAACAGCAUGUCUGAUUGGCUUUGACUUAGUAUUUUCAAGAUACAAGCUUUUUUGUAACUUCAGCAACGGUUUGUAUGCCUUAUUCAGUGCAGUGCGUUCUGUAAGGAUAACAGCUCUCGUGCAUGAAUGUUGGCUAUCCUAAUACCAUUUUUACUGUAACUGUAUAGCUGUGUAUUUUGUAUCUGCACAACAUCCCAUUCUCCUCCUCUCUAGCUAUGUUAAUGGUAAACAAACCAUUUGUACAGA